GGAAGUCACUGCUGAAUAUGCAGGACUUAACAGGACUUGUUAUGCCUGAGAAAUCCCUGAUGUUCAGUGGCAUUUCUCUUUUUUGGGUUAUUCUGUUUGGAACAUUUCUUGCAGAUACAUCAGUGACAGCUUGCCCCACAAGUUGUCAGUGCACAGAGAAGAAUGGCUUGACAGUGGUCCAAUGCAUGUCACGAAACCUGGAGAAGAUCCCAUCUGAUCUACCGAGAGAUACCGCCAUCCUGCGUUUGGCAGCCAACCACAUCACUCACAUCCCCAACCAUGCCUUCAAAGAACUCCACCACCUUCAGGAGUUGGACCUGUCCAGCAAUGACAUAGAGACCGUGGACGUCGGAGCAUUUCAAGGUGUUCCGGACAGCCUCCUCGUGCUGGAUUUAUCAAACAAUCGCAUUCAAAGCGUCCCCAAAGAGGCAUUCGUCCGCCUGCGUGCAAAAAUCAGCCUCUCGAACAACCCCUGGCACUGUGAGUGCACGCUGCAGGAGGUGCUGAGGGAGCUUAGGCUGGACCCCGAAACGGUGAACGAGGUCGUCUGCCACACAGCGGUGCAAGAUGAGUAUGCAGGCAAGCCGGUCAUCCAGGUGCUGGACUCAGGGAUCAACUUCUGCAACUUCCACCAUAAGACCACCGACGUAGCCAUGUUCGUCACCAUGUUCGGGUGGUUCACCAUGGUGAUUGCUUAUGUCAUCUACUAUGUGAGGCACAAUCAGGAAGAUGCCAGGAGGCACCUGGAGUACCUCAAGUCCCUGCCCAGCAACUCUCAGAUCAGCAAGGACUUUGACACCAUCAGUACUGUUCUUUAGCAGGCCUGGGGAACUCAGGAGCCGUGGUGGCCGUGGUGGCCGUGGUGGCUGUGUCUGUAAUUGUCGGAAGAAAUGUGACAAAUGCUGUUGCAACACAUGUUUUUUUUAAUUAUUUUUUUUAAGCUGAGAAGAAAUUAUUUUUAUCUUUAGUUAGCUAUAUUACAUUUCUUGAAUCACUGCAAAAUAUUUAUUUAGAUUUAAUCAAAUUAACACAUUAAGCCAUUAUUUCCCAAGCUGACACAUUUUCCUGAAGGUCUUUAUGAAAUGUCUGUGACAACUGGUCCGUUUUUAACCAUGUCUUCACAUCUCUGUUCAUAGCACCUGGUUUAGGGGGCGGAGUCGGAUACUUGGCUUGUCUCCACCCCUUGUUGUCCGCAGCUUUCGAAAUCAGUGUUUACGCUACCCAUUUAAGAGCAACAGUGAAUGCAAAAUGAUGUGACGUCUGGUGGAGAUAAAGAUGGGGAAGCUGGAUGAUUCUACUUUGAUCUGAUCCCGUGAUGUCACAGUAUCCUGCAGAUCUGAGCAGCUCACUGAAUAACAUACUUUCAAACUGUAUCGGUUCGCUGAUUUGCUAGCGAACUGAUACAGCUAAAUAUUUGCUUUCAUGCACAAAACCUUUUUUCCCCCCUAUGUCCCCUUAAAUAUAAGUAAAUGUUGCACAGCCACCAGGGAGGACCACAGUGACAGCAUUAAUUACACAGGUCAACUGAAACCAGUAUUUCUGGAAAAGAUGAAAGAUGUACUGUAUGCUGGAGAGAUACAUUUUCCCACUCUGAUGUUGAUCCCCAGUGAUAUUGAAUCUGGACGGAGAUGAAGGACGAGGAGGGAAAUGCUUCCCGGUUAGUCUGCAUUGCCUGAUUUAUGGUUUUUAUGUCCUACUCUUGAGGUGAAAGCUCUUUUAUGAGAUUUUGGAUAAUAUAUAAACUUGCUCCAGAUGCUGCAGUUCAGUCUGGAAGUGCAGUUUCAAUUAACCCUUAACCUCUGGGAAAUAACCUUUUUCAGUACAGUUGCCUCCACCAUGCAAAGUUAAAAAGCCUUUUCUUACAGGACUUUCUGAAAUUUCUUUCAGAGUAAAACAGGGUGGGUUUAGACUCCUUUAAUAUACGCUAACAUCUUUACAUAUAUAUUUUUACUGCCUGUGAGACAAGGCUACAGCCUGUAUCCACAUAGACAUAUACUAAUAAACAUAUAAUUCCCAAAGAUCGCAAAAUAUGCAGGAAUUUUUGGAAUUUCCAGCUAAUUUAAUCAUAAACCGACCAAUGAGUGAAGGAAAACGCCUUUUGGCGGCUCUGUUAUUUGGAAAUAAGGUAUUUAACAUCUGCUUAAUUCUUUUUUCUUUUUCCUAUUCCAACUAACUCAUGCAAAAAUAUAUAUGUAUUGCUGCUAGUUGUACUUCAUUUGGCAGGUCUAUGGGUUCAGUGACUCAAAGAGGCUUUUUCAGCUGCGCUGGCAAUGAGAGCGGCAAGACUGAGCCAUGCAGUUAAGAGGGAAUUAUGGCUCUGAAAACACACAUAAAUGUCUUUGGGAAUCUAUACAGAACAGGAUAUUAAUGUUCCACUAAAAAGGAGCACGGAGGGCACCAUGUUUACACCCCCCAAAUCGCAGCGUGUCAUGUGAGCUUACGUGUCAAGGAAAUUAUUUUUGGCAGGCCAGCUCUUGUCACAGGGUGGCGUGAAUGCUGGAAACAUUAUCCACCCGUUUGUUUUUGUACAUGCAUCUGGAGUUCUUUGUGCAGCGUAGCCGGUUGGUUUCGUUCAGUGUUACACAGUCUUUUGAUUCAAAGUGACAUUAGUACGUGUUAAACUGACAAAAGUAGCAGUGCCUUCCAUUGAAGGUCAGACUUUUUCAGUGUGUUGGUGUGGAGUGGGGAUUAUGAAUCAUUUUAAUUGGCUUUGAAAAACAUACAUCGCAACUUUCGUUCAUCCAUACUUAAUCUGUACCACUUACAGACACUUACAGACUCAUAUUAAAAAGGUUGCACUUAUGUUUCAACCAAGAGGAUACAUCAGCCUGCUCUUUUGACACAGUCCCAAAAUAUGGAAAACUGCAGUUCCUCGUCUGUCCACUUGGGGAUGGCUCAGGAA